GGUAGAGGGGGAUUAUGAGGAAAACCUCAUAUCUAAGUCUUCUUUCAAUCACCACCAUGGUCUACUGUGGGAAAAGAUCCACAGUAUAGAGGACCGUCUCAGGGAAGCCAAACAGAGAGGUCAAAACCUCUUUGGUUUCUUUGGGACCUGGUGCCUGGGAGCUUCUGUUAACAACACAAACAUGGAAAACUGGGGGGAGGAGUUCUACAUUAUCCAAGAAAUAGAAGGGGGACUUAUUAUUAUUAUUAAUGGGUACUUGGUCCACCCACCGACGGUUAAAGAGGAUGUGGAUGGGGUAUUAUUGAAG